GCUAUGCGGAGGAGCAGCAUCGAGCCUGCGGAUGUAGCAGAAAACUUUCCACGGCUUCUCCUGCGGGGAUGCGACAAACAACCAACACUGGAGGGAAGAUAUAAAGGCACAGCAGGGCUGCACGGAGGGAGCAGCCUAACAUGUGGAUGAAGUGACAGUGGGACGGGUAUUUCCUUCACUUAUAGACCGAGACAACUCCACUGAAAAUGGCCGUUCGUGGCAACUCGCUGAUGCCUUUCUCGAUCCAAGCCAUCCUCAACAAGAAGGACGACAGCAGACAGUUGCCAGAUUUGGACAUGUGCUUCUCCAAGACGGCGUGCUGGAAGAUAUUUGGGGAGAUGAACGGCGGGUCUCGGAGAGAUGAUGGAGGAGAGGCUGGAGAGCCGACGGACCAGAAGGGCUACGACUCCGACUCGGGACUCAGCGACGACAACGACAGCAAGACUCCGGCCGCCUGCAAGUCGGAGAAAGACGGAGACCCUGCGUCGGAGGGACCGGAGGAGAGUCUGCAGGAGGAGACGGAUCACGAGUCUGCAGCUGCGGAGAAUGCAAAGAGUGACAGUGAGCCCAAUAAUGCUACGGACUCCAGCACCCUGGAUGAGAAGAGUCUGGACCAGCCCAAGCAGAGGAAGAAGCGCUCCAGGGCCGCCUUCUCUCACGCGCAGGUCUUCGAGCUGGAGCGUCGCUUCAACCACCAGCGGUACCUGUCCGGGCCGGAGCGGGCCGACCUCGCGGCCUCCCUGAAGCUCACAGAGACCCAGGUCAAGAUCUGGUUCCAGAACCGGCGGUACAAGACGAAACGCCGCCAGAUGGCCGCCGACCUGAUGGCGUCGACCCCGGCGGCCAAGAAGGUGGCGGUGAAGGUGCUGGUGCGGGACGACCAGAGACAGUACAGCCCGGGGGAGAUCCUGCGGCCCCCGCUGCUGUCCCUGCAGCCGUCCUACUAUUACCCCUACGCCUACUGCCUCCCCGCGUGGACACUCUCUGCGUGUGCGGGGAACCAGUGAGACCUCUGUGACUGUAU